AUGUACCCCACAACGUUUGAAGUAAAUGAAGAAGAAAGAAAGUGUGACGACUACUUGUUCGAGAACAACACAGCCAUUGGAUGUAACCGGCCCUGCAACAAAGCAGAUCGAUUCUACACAUUUAAUACUGUUCUGAGACAUGACAGCAAGAUGUAUUCAAAGAAACACGACCUUAAAAUGAGAGUCAAGUUAAAUCCACCAACUAAGGUGACUGUAAAAAAUGGAUCUGACUUCAACCUGUGGUUUUACUGGAACCAGACUGCAACGUGUGUGGAGAGGGAAGUUCGCUACAGAAUAAACAACAACAAGUGGGAGACCUCUAAAGCUACUGCUGACAGUUACUACAUCAACUUCCCCUCCAGCAGCGCCAGAUAUGAGCUGCAGGUACGAAGUAAAAUGGCUGAGAUGUGUGGAGGCUCCAUAUUCUGGAGUGACUGGAGCGAGCCUGUGGUCUGGGGCUUCAAUAAAAGCACAAAUACAAACAUUUUAAAAGACUCGAUAUCCGUGUGGACGCCAGUGCUUUAUGCAGUGGGGGCCAUCACUCUGAUCCUGCUGGUCCUGAUGUUACUGCAGCAUGAACGGUUCAGAAUCAUCCUCAUCCCUGUGGUUCCCAAACCAUCGCUGAACUCCCCAGACAUAGAGUUCUCCAAAGGCCUGAUGAAAGAAGGCUUCAAAGCCAACUACAACGAGCAGGCCUGCCAGGUGCGUGAGUACACCUAUGUCUCACGGUCCGACAGCAACAGCUCCGACGGCUCAGACCUCACCGUCAACACAGAUCAAACCGAUUGCUCCGUCUUCAUCGCUGGGAAUGAAUAG